CUGACCUGUCGCGCAUGGUGCGCAAGCGCACGAAGGGUGUGAUUUCACGUCUCGAGCGUCUCGCGGACGGCACACUUGUGAUGGAGCUUCUGUUCAACACCGGGGUGCUGCGGGAGCUGCGUACCAAGACGAAGAACGGCUACAAGAUAGUUUUGGAGAACUACAUUCGUCACGAUACGGAGUUCGACGACUGCGUCACGCGCUGGCUAAAUCGCGAUACGCAGCUCAAGAAUCGCGUGCUUACGGUACUCCAUAAGAUCUUUCGCUCAGAAAAGCUUCGGUCACAGCAGAGUCAUAUUUCGUUUCAUCACCGCAGUACCAAGCUCGACAUCGGCUUUAUAGUGCGGCACGAGCGACGGAAGCCGUCACCGGCUGCCAAGGCUGCCGCAGCUGUGAGUACACCAGGAGCGAAUCCGGAUAUUAGCGACAUCGCGUCGACGACUGCCGGCGGGAUCACUCAGCCAAGCUCCGUUGUGAUUCAGGGACCCGCUGUCCUGCAGCGAGCUACUGCAGGACCUGCGUCGGCAGUGAAAGGCGGUUCUGGGGAUCCGGUCGGGCAGACCACAUCUACCACGACAACAUUUGGGGGCUCUAGUCAAGGAAACAGAGAAGAAGGCAAUGACGCAUUCGACCCAGAGAUGGAGGCAUUGGACGCACCUGGCGAAAAUCCCUACCGCAUGCCUCUGGCCCAAGUGUUAGAGACUUUGCAGAAUGACAUAUCAUUACAUGUUUUGAACACGAAGACAAUGGCUAACGUGCACAACCGAUGCGUGGAACGAGAGCCAGUAAGCACAAGAGUCCGUUCGCAAACGGUGGAACAUCUCGCGAAAAUUCUUCCCAUUUACCAGUCCGCAAAUGAAGGCUUCACGCUAAUCAAGCGGCCUAUGAUAGUGCUGCGACACAACGCUUUGCCACUCGUGCUACCCGUGUUCGGCAAUGUGACAAAGCCAGAGCUCAUUGCUGACCGACACUUAGGGGCGUCUCCUUUUCAGAUCGAAGUGCAUCCGCUACCGGAGCCAACGUCACGCCGAGUCACCACGCUUGCAGGUCCAUCUCCUUUAGGGUCGUCGACGCAAGAAACAGAAACUGCGACGACGUCGCGUCGACAUACGUUGGAAUCCACGUCGUCUGAAGCUGCGACCGCGAACAAUAGUCACGCUCCAGCAGCAGGAGGAACUGCUGCAACGCAGCCUCACGGUCGAACUUCGUCAGCUAUCUCCACGUCCGAAACACCUUUGCCGUUCAUCGAUCAGAAGCCGCCAUUCCGCAUCGACCUGCGCCUUGGGUUUAAAGAACUCUUUGCCACUUUCGUGAACGAGAACGAGAUAGUCGACACUCCAAACUACGCAUAUCAUGACAAGAUCCCGUGCACGCUGGUUUCUGUGGGGCAGCACGAGCCGCUGCGACAUCGCAUGGCCCGUGAUCUGAAAUUUGUCGGCGUGUCGAUUCUGGAUCAGAUUCGAGAAGGUAUCCUGAAAGGCGGAAUUUUGGACAUCGAGGGCCACGCACGAAGCGCCGCGGCUAAAUUUCGAGACAGCCAUUGGAACCCUUUUCGCCUUGAGGAAGGCGCUGACGAUUUUGAUCCAGAAGCUGCGGAGGAAGCGAAUUUCGCGGACAUGUCUCGAAAGGUCUAUGGACCCAACGGGGCGACGGAGGUUGGCCUCAACCUCAUGGAUCCGCGACUGCUCGCAAACGUCCCUCUGCAGUGCUCCUUGGAUUGUGGGCAGCUCUUGCUAAAUCGCAUCGACUACAAGUACGUCGCCACACACUUGCGCUUCAACCGAUACCGCAUUGAGAUGAUGGCACCUAGAGAUGCCAGCGUGGAUCCCGAAGAGUUUCUCGACUUGAAAUUCUCCCCGCGUGACUACAGGGCCUUGAACCCGGAACAUCAAGGCCGCUAUGAAGACGAGUAUAAUAUCAUGGACGAGAGCAGUGGCUCUGUCGAUCAUGGAGAAGGGGCUGCACAGCAGCAGGCGUUCGGUGAUCAAGCAGAUCUGGACGCUGCAGGGCAAAUUCCGCACCAACGUCCUGAUGGCUCGAACCCGAAAAAAAUUGCAACUAUGGCGCACAGAAGAAACGCAAACCCUGAGGAGUACAUCAUAGUCCGAGUUCCACGGAGCGCGACAAAGUUUGUGCUUCGCUUGCUUGACGAAACGGCGCGCGAACAUGCGCGCGUCGAUGCGGUCUACAAAAGGAGCAUCGAGUUUUCUCCAGACGACUCCACUCGCGAGACAGAAGAGGUACCUGCGAACCUUCUUCGCGGAGAGGUUGCUACUCGUGGCAUGACAAUGCCCCAGCCACCUCCGUCUGAGCAAGCCAGCCAAGCUGCUGCUUCUAUUGGUGGUCGUGCUGCUGCAGCACCAGCAAGUAGUACGGUAGCUGGAGCUGGUGGACAAGAUCCUCAAGUAGACCAAACAAGUCAAAUGGUCAGCGGCGCUUCUAGUAUGCCAACUACGUCCACUGUGCCGAGCACAACGGCAGGUAGCGAGGCAUAUUCGCCACCGACGACAUUGGCACCUACGACUCCGCCACGGCAGCCGAAUGCCGCUAGGAGGGCUACAGCAGGACGAGACGUCGCGGAUCAGUCCUCUGGAGCUCCGUUUGUUGGCGAUCCGAUGCGACUGGAUAUUUUCAAGACGUUGUGGAAUAAGACACCUCCGGAGCAAGAAACACACGCGUUGUCCUGGUUUUUGACGCCGAAUAAGCAGCGAAAAGUACUGAAGCACUGGCUGUACCUGCAGGAUCCUCGACGAUUCUUGCGCUGGGUCCGAGAACGAGAAAUGCCACUGCGCCGGCAGCGUCUGGAAGCUUUGCGCCGUUACGCAGAAAGCGAGUCAAGGCGCUUUGUCAGCAUGCAAGACAUUUUGGACCAAGUGCUGGGUAAGAAAAUUCUGCAACCAGCAAAGACAGCCCAUCCUGCUGCACCUACACAGAAUGGAGCACCUGGGCCUUCUGCAGCAACAUCUACUGCGCCAACAAGCACGGGCACUCAAGGUUCUGCUGCAUCUGCAAUGCCCUCGUCGAUACAAGAGCCAGCCCUUCCUCCUCGUAUCAGCCCAACGAAGGCGAUGCAGUUGACGCGCGACAUGCCACCACACCAGCCAGACAGAUUUUGGCUUCCAUGGCAGGUUUACCACGUUUCCUCCCGUCCGCAUGCUUGCGAAGUGAAGAUGAGGCAGUGUGAGGCUCACCCAUUCUGCUACGGAGUGGCGCACACCGCAGUGCCACGGAAACGCUGUUUUCUGCUCUUUCUCACGACGAUCUUCGGGUCUGACCGCUUUUACCGCGAUGUACUUCCGUGGACAAAUUCCCAACUGUAUGCGCAGCUUGAACAGGCACUAGAACGUGAAUGGACUGGUCGCCUUCAGCGGAUUGCCCGGUCGAGCAGUUCGAGCAUGCUGAGUCCAGGACUGAGUAGCACCACUGAAGAUUUGCGUACAAACGGUGCACGACAACAAGAAGCUGCAACGCCAUCCAUUUGCGAGAACAUGAAGCAAAUGUAUGAUCUGAAAGAUUGCGAAUUGAAUACUGUCUUCUUGAGCAGACCGCGAAUGCGGCAACUGCCUGACGCGCGAGUAAUUGAAAACUUUUUUGUAUAACUCGAUGUUGACACGAGCAAGAAGGAUGAAUAGAGUGAAGAUUAUUCGAUGAAAUUGCUCAACAACGUGAACAACGUCUCGCUCCACUGAUAGUAGAAUCAAGCCUUGUUUUUACUAUUAAUAUUUAUAGAUACUUCUCUUUUAUCUUACUCUCACGUACUGUUGGAUGUUUUUUAUAAACAUGGCUCCUCUCGGCGCGCAGCAGCUAAUGUGGAUUAGAAGGGUAGUCUCUCGCAAACCAUACAUGAUUAUAUCAUGUCGCCAUACAAGAACUCUGUUUUGAGUGAUCUUCCCGCUCCCACCAACACUCCCCAUGAGAAAUCUUCGUACAACAUCCGACCAAUAUGAGACGUUGACGUUCGCUGGCAUAGACUUUUUUAGAGCAACACAUCAAACACCAUAAACUCUCCAAAUGGAGGUUGCAAUGACAACCUUCUCAGUCUCUUGCUUAUGCAGUCGUCUCUAAAAACCUUGAUCAUAUGACUUUAGUCCUCGCAAAGGACAUACUAUUCAUACAUUGUGAUUAAUAGUUUCCUUUCCACCUUCCGGAACACUGAUCUGGGCCGCAACGUUCCAUUCCAUACCUGUCAUUAAAUUACUUACACGCAAUGGCUUUCCCCCCAACAUUGCGAGCUGCUUCCAGUCGAG